AUUGCAACCAAUUCGUCAUCAUCGUCUCUCCCUCUACUUUGCAAACCCCGUAGUGAGUAAUAUUUAUAGUUAAGAUUCAGGUCAGAAGUUAGGGGAAAAAAUCAAAACCUCUUCUCUUCUUUUUUCUUUUUUUUUUUGUUCUUUCUCAACAAAGAAAACUUUUCCAUUGUGACUCUUCCUUAAUCUUCUUCUUCUUCUAAGAUUGAUUCAAAGUGAUUAGUAUUUUCUGACAGUUUCAAAUGGGUGACAUCAUCGGUCACAAGGAUAGGCAAAUAUGGUCACCCUCUCAUGUUCUGCAAGAUCCUUUAUUUGAUCAUUCCAACAAACAUCAGUUGCAGAAAUCUGUCAAGAACCAUCACCACUACCACAACCACAACCACAACCACGGUAACGGUGGAUUCCGCCUGCACGGCGCACCUCCUCUUAGAGAAACUUUUUCUAAGAACUAUAACUCAAGACAAAAGCAACAAAGCAAUUGGCAAAGGAGCAAAGGAGAGGAGGACCGUAUGCAAGCAUUUUUCUUGGUUUCCCCUGGCCGUACAACUUCCGGUACCGGAAUUUUUCUUCCGGCCACUGCUUCUCAUCCCCCCACCAAAAAGAAAUCAGCUUGUUCGCCGGUGCUUCUCCCGACGCGUGUAGUUCAAGCACUCAAUCUCAACAUUCACAACAAUGGCAUCCAUAUCUCUCCUCCUCAUCCAGAUAAUCGAGAAAAUAAUCCAAAGAAGAAGAGCGAAAUGUUGGUAAUGCCUAUGAAAAUUGAAGGUGAAACUCCGAUUGACUCGCCGGAGAAACUUCUACCGGAUGAAUGGAUUUAUUGAUGACCUGAUCCAAUCGAGCCUACCGUGGUGCCAUUGACCAACUUUACUUACUAAUGUGAACAAAGUAGAAUCAAACAAAACAAAAUGAAUAAAUAUCAUUGGAUUAUUAUGUGCAGUGUGCUGUAUGCUUUGUUACCAUUGGAUUAGUGAUAAUAUCCAAAUAAGAUCAACCCGUUUGUUAAUAUGUGUA